AUGCAUUACCUUUCAGCUGCAUAUUUCGGCGCCUUAAUAUUAUACUCCCCUAUCUUUCUCUUCGGGCCGUGCCUUGCUCUUGACCCGCCCUCGGAUUCCGCCUUUGUGAUCUCCAGCAACGAUACGAAUGUAAUUCUACACGACAUCGCACAACAAUUCACACUCCCCCAUGGAUCAUACAGUGGACUUGAGGUUCAGGAUAUCGUGAGCGAAAAUGGUGAGACUCGAGGUCUCGACCUCGUUCGGAGGAUUCCACCUGGCGUAUCAUCUCUGGGGAACAAUCAGUUCAAGACCAGCGAUAUCAAGCUUGGAGAGACUCAAUGGUGGUAUUUUCCCAAGGAGUCCGUAAACGGCAAGAAAUCUAACGCCACAUCCGGGCUCCCCGAGGGUAUCUCUGUUGACGGAACAAGCGAGCAAACUGUCAGUUCGGACGAACUUCGGAAGCGCGACGGAGACAUCGUGAAGCGCUCGACCUCCGUAUAUCUUUCUCUGACGAUGUGCUCAAAGCCCGAGAUCAACAAUACCAAUGGCACUAUUCCAGACUCUGUCCCAUCAUUACCAGAAUUGAAUUUAUACGUUUCUACCUCAGAGUCACUCCAAAAACCGGGCCCAGGACAAGAUACCUCAAAGCAGAAAGUGUUCACGGCCGAUGAGGGCUAUGUGGGAGCUUCUGUGCAGGUAGACGGGGAUGUGUUCAUUGGGAUCGCAGUGCAGAAUUCGACGGCGUACUCGGGGAGCUACACAUAUGAGGUUGCUGCCUCAAUCGACGCUUACUUUCACAGCAUUGUGGACGAGCCAUUCUUACAUUUUGUUGACUCGGACAUCCAUGCUGCACUCUUGACAACAGACAAUUUGACCCUUUCCGAAGAGGGGAGCGAGAAUUAUCAGCAGUGGAUGAAUCUCACACCGCCGUUCACAAUGUUUGCUCAUAAUGUGAAUGAUACGGCAAUCUCAGGUCUUCAACGGUCAUACUGUGCUCUUGAACGAUUAGCCCAGAUUGGAAAAGGUGACCACGGGGUUGAAGGUAGUAUGACGAACCGUGGUCUGGGCAAGAAACCUAAGGAGCAGUUCUACAUCACCGGUCUCAACCGGACUUCCAAUUACUCUGGAAUUCUCGCAAUGGAUGGAAACUCCACCAACUCAGGGAACGGGAUCGUUGGCGGAGGAGGGAGGGUCUGGAAACCUAUGUACUUUACAACCAAGUCAGAUGACAAUUGUGCCGUCCUUUUCAACCUGACAUUCUGCUCCGAAGUUGCGUACGCAGUCCCAUCAAACCCUGAUCUUGGGAUCGCACAACUUGGUUCGAAAUACGACCAAUAUGCCGAGUCUCUGUACAGAAACUUUUCCUAUUCCCUGGAUCAAAUCCAAUGCAACACGACCAACGAAACCAGCUUCUCUUUGGCUGUGGGUUGCAACGACUGUGCGGAUGCUUACAAGCAAUGGCUCUGUGCGGUGACUAUCCCUCGUUGCGCUGACUUCUCCAACAACGGUUUGUUUCUCCAGGUCCGAAACGCGGGCCAACAAUUCAUCAACGGCAGCUCUCUCAGUCCCACCGAUCCCAGGCGCAGGGAUCCUGCGCAGAACAAGUCGCGCAAUUCCAUGAUAGACGAUCAGAUCCGCCCGGGUCCUUACAAGGAGAUCUUACCGUGCCAGGACAUCUGCUACAGCUUGGUGAAGCGCUGUCCCGCCGCCCUUAAGUUCAGUUGUCCUCAGGAUAAGUGGCUCAAUUCUGCCUACGGCCAGCGCGGUUCGAGCAGCGAGAUCACCUGCAGCUAUCCCGGGGCAGCGUAUGACUUGAACGCUGGAUGGACCCUCCGCGAGCCUCUGGGAUGGCUCUUACUUGCAAUGGGGAGCUUUUGGUUAUCUUUCUGGGCUCUCAGGUUGGACGCUUAA